UUUGUUGUUUAUUUCAGUAUAUUCUUGUGUAUAAUGGUACAUAAGAAACGUCCAAAGUCGGUGCGGAAUGCACGAAAUGCAGCGCUUGCAUUGGAGGAAAAACGUUACACCAAAACCCCACAUACCAUGGUUUUUUCACGUCCUGGUGUUGGGAGUUUAGUGAAACAAUUAUCUCUCGAUGUUAGAGAGAUUUUCGAACCCUUUACAGCUAGCCGUUUACGUGUGACCCGUCAAAAUGUGCUCAAAGAUUUUAUUACAAUCGCUGGUCCACUGAACGUAACACAUUUGUUAUAUUUCACACACCCUAAUGAUGAGAAACGUGAACAGAAGCGUGCCCGUCGAUUAGCUAAAGCUUCUGUAAAACAGUUAAAAAAUGACAACUGUUCAAUUGAACAAAGUUCGUAAUUUCACAUUUUAUUUGAUGAUUUAUUUCAUUGUAAUUGCUUUUUCGUUUAUUGAAUGGUUCUGCUACGUCAGUGGUAAUGCCAGUGAUCAUGCAUGUUAUUUUCUAAUAGCUUGCUGGGUUAAUUGAUUUACAUUUCGAGGCUUAUCUAUUCGUGUAGAUUCCAUGGUUGAUUUCUGUUAUUCGCCUAUCAGCCAAUGAUUAAAUUUUCCAAGUCAUGAUUUCAAAGAGACAGACCGCUUUUGCAGAUACUGUAGUAUAUCUCCUCAUUUCUAAUGAGAAUCCAAGUGCUAAAUCUACACAAUUGAUAUACAUGUGUAACUGAGAUUUAGAAAUAACGAUUUUUAUAAUGAACGGUUCUGUUAUUUAGGAAUAUAUUCGUGAGUUGAUCAUAAAUCUCAGCCUAUAGCAAAUAACGCGUGUGUAUAUCUGGGAAGAGAAAGGUUUUCUGUAAUGAUAGCACAUAAGUAGGUACAACACAUGAUAGCGGAAAUAAUUGCUGACAGCUUCUAAUGUUAUCAACAAUCAGAAUGUGGACUAAAAGUACAAAAAUAUGAAAGCUGUUGCAUUUGAACGAAUAUUCAGCAAAUGUACAAAACUGGAAUUAACAGUUACAAAAGUUAAGAGAAUGUAAUCAUACAAAAAAAUACAGCGAGUGUUAGUAGUUUAUAUAAAUACUGUAGUAAAUUACACUAUGAAACUGGUUACUGAACAUUAAUAAGUAGUAUAAAGUAAUGCACAAAAAGUGAGUUGAAUCAGACGAGAUGCCUGACAGAAAAUGUAAAGUAAUUAAGUUUGACAUGUCCAACUUAAGAACUCUUUAAACAUCGGCGUUAUGCAGUUAACUUUUUACGAUCAAACUGAAAGUUCCGACGAUGACUUAUAUAGUUCAGAUAAUUCGAUUUAUAUCGAUCAAGGCUAUUUUCGCGAAUUAGCACAAAAUAUGAAUAUCAGUAAAUAGGUUCGUGUUCAUCAGAGGUUAUGUAGUCCUCAGAUUUUUAUUUUAUUGCCCGGUGUGUUGUAGUUUGUGUACUAACGCAAACGUGGUAUUUACAUUGGAUUUCUUCAAACAUUACAGUUUCCAGAGCAAUUGAAAUGAUUAACCGUAAGUUGAACAUAUCGUUAUGACUUCUAUUUCUGUGACUUAAAUAUAUUAUACUGUCACUUUUUUCUCUCAAUCAGAUACCACUGAAAUUCAAGGAGUAACUAAUAAAAGUUGUAGUAGCCACGGCGGUGUCUAUCUACAUAUGAUUCGUGUUCCUCAUGGACCUAGUCUUACUUUUCGUGUUGCUGAAUAUAGCUUGAAACGUGAUAUACAAACUCUGGUUCGUCGAGUUUUCGAUAGUCGUCAGUAUAGUUCACCGCCUUUGUUAGUAAUGACUGGAUUUGGUAUGGGUGGUACGAGUGCGAAUACAUCCGCUCCAUUACCACAUCUACGUUUAGUUGUAGAUAUGUUUCAAAAUUUACUGCCUCCAUUAAAUGUUCCGAAGCUUAAACUUAGUACAGUAAAACGAGUUUUACUUGUUAGUCGAGAAGUUGACACUGCAUACCUUAAUACUACUACUAAUGACAACAGUAGUAGUAGUGUUUGUACUGGUGACGACACAAAACAGCAGCAACCACAGCAAGUGAAUGAUGUAAUUUACAUUCGACACUUUCAUAUUCGUACUGAAAAUCGUUGUAUAAGCCGUGCACUACGACGUCUUGGUGUUGGCGGUGCAAAAAUGAAACGUCGAUGUGUUGAUAACUCUGAUAUGAAAUGUGGAAUUGGUCCAAGUGGUUCAGGAAAAGCAACAGGUGUACCAAAUUUAGCGAAAUAUUCAUCUAUGGACGAUUUUUUGACUAAAACAGGACUUUUAUCUGAUUCAGCAUUAUCAGAUAUUUUGUCAGAUAUGGAAGAAGUUGAUCUUGUUUCAGAUGUUCAACUGUCAAGUUCUGGAUUCGCUAACGCAGAUGCUAUACAUUUACGUAAACGUAAACAUGGUUAUGGCACUAGUUCAAUACAUGGAUUAAAACAUUUAGGUUCAGCUAAAAAAGCUACAAUUCGUCUUACUGAAAUUGGACCAAGAAUUACUUUAAAUUUAAUUAAAAUAGAAGAGGGUGUAAACACUGGUACAGUUUUAUAUCAUCGUUGGCAAACACGUACACUAUCUGAAUUAGCUCAUCAAUCAGAAUGUUUAAGACAACGUGAACUACUUCGUGCAAAACGUCGUGCUGAACAUGAAGCUCGACGUUUAGCGAAUGAAGCUGAACGUGAAGCACAUCGUGCUAUUUGUCUUGAAGGUAUGAAACGUGCUGGUCAAUUGUCAACACAGGAUGACAUUAAUACUGAUGAAAAACCAAUAAAUACUAAGAUGGUUAAAUUUCAAUUAGAUGAAAAAACUGAAAAGAAACAUAAAAAGAAAUCAAAAGUCAAUGAAAAAUCUAACAAAUCAGUUGCAAAAAAAGCAUUCAAAAGUAAUUUCAUUGUUAGAAAAAAGAAGAAAUAAUAUGAGCAAUUGUUUGAUUCAAAUAGUGUUUCUGUACAAAUCCAUAAUAGAAUCGUGUGUUUUUCUUAUUUUGUAAAUAUCUGUAAAUCAUAUUUAUUAAAUAGAAAUGUUUGUUCUUUCUCCUUUGAAGGAAAGGAGUUCAUGUAAAGAAAUAAAGUAUGGUCUAAUGAGUUUUGUUAACUGGA